AAGAGGGAGAAAGAAAGAAAAAGAGCGCCAAGAAAAUCUGCAAGCCAACCAACCGCCUGAGCUCGCCCAGAAAACUGUAAGGCAACUUUGUGUGUGUGCGCGCCCGCGCGUUUUUUUGGAAAGGACUCGAAGGAUUAAUAAAAGGAGGGCGAAACAAACCGAACCAAGGAGAGCGAGUGGAAGUGGGGUGAACCCAAAGUGGAGCGAAGGCACCGUUUCCUGCGGAGCGCUUGGCCCCCUGAGGCAUGGAAGUCGGCGCCCUCCCUCCAGGCCAGAUCAGCGCGCCGAGGUCUGUGAGCAGGAGGGCCCCCCAUCAGCUGUCCCCUCGCCUCUCCCCGGGGUUCCCCCUUCCAGUAUGUUUCUUUUCAUGAGGCAUCUCCCCGCGCCCAGAGCUUCAGUACAAUGUGCAAAUGGAGACUGAUACAGGGUGCCUCAGCCUUCGCCCACCUGCCUUCCUCCUCCUCCUCCUCCUCUUCUUCCUCCUCCUCCUCCCGCCGCCGCCGCAGCUUCGUCUUCCUGCUGCUGCUCUGGAUGUCGUCGUCCCUGGCUGCCCCCUGCCAUGAGCACGGCCAAGGCAUGCUGCUCCUCAAGGCCACCAACUCUUCUUCUUCUUCUUCGUCGUCGUCGUCGUCGUCGCCAUCCUCCUCCUCUUCUUCCUCCUCCUCGCCCGCCAGCGCGGGGAGACACGUGCGGAGCUACAACCACCUCCGAGGAGACGUGCGCUGGAGGAAGCUCUACUCUUACAACAAGUUCUUCCUCCGGAUUGAGAAGAACGGCAACGUCAGCGGCACCAAGAGGGAGAACUGCCCUUAUAGCAUAUUGGAGAUAACAUCAGUGGAAAUUGGAGUUGUAGCAGUUAAAUCCAUUAGCAGCAACUAUUAUCUAGCCAUGAACAAGAAUGGAAAAGUCUAUGGUUCGAGGGAGUUUAACAAUGACUGCAAACUAAAGGAGAGAAUAGAAGAAAACGGAUACAAUACGUACGCGUCGCUGUUUUGGAGAAACAACGGGAGGCAAAUGUUUGUGGCCUUGAACGGAAAGGGAGCCACGAGGAAAGGACAGAGAACCAGGAGGAAAAAUACAACCGCUCAUUUUCUCCCCAUGGUUGUCGAGCAACAGAUGAAGGGCCUGUUCUAUUGAUAGCAGUUGAACCAAAGAUCAUUUGUCAGGAAUACUUGGUAAUCCUCUUGAAGAGGAAAGGCAGAAACAGUGCAGACGUCUGCUUGAUUGAAAAGAGGGGGGAAGCCUUUGAAGGUUUUGUGCUCUCUGCUGGCACGUGAAGUACUUCCAAUUAGUUCUGUGUCAUAUCUUAUAAUCAAGACACAAGCUGAAUCAAAUGGGAUGGGAGCUCUUUCCAGUGUGAACAAAAUUAUUAUUAAUAAUAAUAUUAUUUUUUAUCUCCGUGAUAGAACUUAAAGGACAUGAGACAAUGUAUGGAAUGAUGUUGGGGGGGAAAGUUAUUUAUGGAAUACUAACUCAUAUCAAAGACCUUCAUUGCUCAUUCAAGCCUAAUGAUCCCAUGAACAGUUAGGCACACAAGCAUUUACUGGAAAUUCAUGGAUCCUCAUAUGCAGCGAUAAAGAAGAUUCUGGAACGGUCUUGUGAAAGAAAUGAAUAGGAUUAAGAAAUAUAAGCACAUUAGAGUAAAACUGUUCUAACAAAAUAAAUAGUAUGGUUCCCCCUGCCUUGUAUGCUCAUGCCAUGCUUUUGUACUUCUCCCUAAGUUAUUUAUUUAAUAGGAUGUUAAAUAUCUUUCUUCUCUCUUUUUUUGUUUGUUCGUUUGAAGGAUUUUCUCAGUCGCUUCCUGUUGUGUUGUUGUUCUUUUUCCUUCUCUGUGUUUCACACAAGAUUGACCAAGUCAGAUGUCAAAAAGCUCACGCAAGUGUCCAAGAGCAGAGAAUAGAUAAAGCUUAGGGCUGUGGUUUUUGUUUGAUCUUGUUUGUUUGUUUGUUUGUUUGUUUUUCCUCUUGAAACUGGGUUUCUUUUUUUUUCCUUUUUUUAAUUUUGCACUUAAAAUCAAUAGGAUCAGAUAUGCAUGGGAACCGCAACGUGACCUGUGUGCUUUUUGUGUGUGUGGUUUUUGUCAGCAUCACUGAUAGUCUUUCCCUGCCACAGGAACAAAAGUUCUCAUCCUGCAUCAUCUGAAGAGUCUUGCUGCUGUUUUGAAAUGGGCUGAGUUGAACUGGUACCCAGGUGUGCGUUUCUCUCCAACUUAUUUCAGUUAAAUACCUGAUCCCAAAGAUGCUGAAAUUUAAUCAGAGCUCUUCGGCAGGUUUUGUGGAACAGACCAUAAAUGCACCCAACUGCAUCUUAUAUUGGUGUGAUCCUAUGUUUUCAGACUAAAGCUGAAUUAAGUCUAUGGAGCUGCUAACAUCUGAUGGAACAAAUUUGCCUUCUCCUCCUCCCCCCUGAAAAAAAGUAAGACAGAAAAGAGCCAAAUCUUUUGACUGCAGUCAAACAAUUUCAGAAGAGCCCAGGUGUAUGUGGUGUUGAAAAAAAUGCAGCCUCAAUCUGAACAAUCUUCCCUUUUUAACAUAGGGCAGCUUCAGAUGUUACAUAGGACCUGAGGGAGAAGAUGUAAGAGUGAAUGGCUCUGCUAGUGUAAUGAAAACUUGCCUGUGGUCCUCUGGAGAGAUGCAGCUGCUUCAUAUCUCUCUCUGUGGGAAAGAUACUAACAUUCCAACAAGGAGUGGGCCCAUGCUGCUCCUAUGUAACAUCUGGAAGCUGGCCUACAGCUCUUCAUCAUCAUACUGGCUUUGGAUACAACAUACAUACCACUGGUGUGAAAUAGCAAAAGUUAGUGGUAGCCCCUAUUACAAUCAUUUGGAAACAACAGGGAAUAUGUCCUUAGCUGAAGAUAUGGGGUUGGGUUGGAUGUUCAUUUGCUAUCUGAUGAGAGCAUUGUGCAUUAACUCUUGUGUUCUCAUUCCUUGCCUUUUGAAAACCUGAGGAACAAUGGCUGAGUGCAAAAUGGCGGAACAUGUAAGUGGGGUGGUCAACUUUUUCGUGCAAAACAGGCAGCAGCGAGCCCUAGAAACACCAGGGACUGAUCAGGAAGACCGAGUAGUUGUCUCUUGCCUCUCUCGUGUCAACACUGUGAUAGUUUGGAGGUUUAGCUAUACCUCUGAGAUAGGAGCAGGCGAGAGCAUUCUGUCAGCUUUAUGCCAUUUUAAUUUUAUCCCUUUCUUUGUUUCACUGAAAAGGACCAAUGACGUAUAAGGCACCUCAAGCCAGCUUUGCUUUGCUCACCAUGCACAUGGCAAUGUGUCGAGAGCUGGUGACAGGCCCUUGUGUCUCUGUCUGACUGGGACCUAACAUGGGAGAACUGCAUAGUCCUUUCUCAAACCAACUCAGACAAAUAGUGAUAUCUGGAACCCCCUCCCUGCAAAGUGCCUCUGAAUCACUGAUAGCUUAUACAAAGAGCAGACCAUGUGAUAAAAACUAUUCCUGGACUUUGCCAUUUCAGUCUGUUACGGAGGGCAUCAACAUAUACUGUAUAUACUCAGUGUAGAGAAAUGAAAAUACCAGGGAGAUACCAGAUUCCUUUCUAGCAUUCUUCCUGGUGGUUUUUUGUUUUUUGUUUAAAUGUGUAGGGACUCGACUUUUCCAUGGGAGAAUAUUCAAAGAGUGGUCUGAGGCAGUAUAGCCUGGAAACAGUUUAACCAUGUGAUCUGCUGUUUGUGUAGACUAGACGUGAGACUGGAGGUAUUCAAGCUGUUGGGGAUGCUUUAGCUCUGGAUUGGGCAACAUGGCGUACAAGGUCCCCUCCAACUCUAUGAUUCUAACUCUAGAGCCCAGGAUUUCCUGCAUUUAGCAGGGAAUGGGCUGUGUGGCCCACAAGUUCCCUUCCAACUCUAUGAUUCUGAAUAAAGCUGUUUGCCCUCUUUCGGUAGACAUUUCAUAACCCCUCACUGGCAAGGUGGAUACUGCCAUUCUUGCCCACUUUAACACUGACUAGACUAAUCACACUAAAGUGAACAGAUCUACUCUGAAGUAAGUGACUUGAGGAUUGCAGCCACUAUUAUUCAUAUGUGUAUAUAACUUCUGAGAGCCAGUCUGAAAGCAACAUCUUAAAUGUUCUUCAUUUAUCGCAAUAUAUACAAUGGCUCUGAAAUGCAAUAUUGGGCACAUUUUUUAAAAUGAAGUGCUCCUUUUUUCACAGCUUACACUGAGUAAAUGCGAUCUUCAGUUAAACAUAAUUAUCAACUUCGUUCAAUCUGAAAAAACACCUAUAUGAUUUUUUUUGUUUUACUUUUUUUUUUCCUUUAACGUUAGAAAGCUGUGGAUAGUUCAUCAAUAUAACCAUAAAGAGAUUCAUUUUGUUAGAGCAAGUUAAGUAGAAUACGUUACAUCAAGCCAACAUGUACCACUCUCUUCACAUUGUAUUCCACUAAAUAAAUGAAUAAAUGCGUA